CGGGAUCUGCUGAAUCCAUGGAGCUCUCUGAUGAUGAGCGUAUCGGUCUGGUCGGGUUUCUGAGCGAGCACGUGAGCAAGAAGCAGCUCGAGAUGGUGGAACACAAAGCCUGGAACUGCCUAAAAGACGAUGCUGAUCACAAGAUUCUCAAAGGCAUCCGGAAGUUGGUGUUCGUGCGCAUGGACAGCCCCGAGAGCAUGUCUCAGUCCAACUUCAACACCCUAAUCAACAGACGCUUGGGGAUACCUCCGGGGCAGCAACAGCAACAGGGUGGUUCUGCCAAUGCAGCGAAUAGCAGCACUCCCAACCAUGCGGGUCGUGCCAGCGGGGGCGGCGGCGGAUCCAGAGGAGGCCCUGCUCAAGGGGCCAACCAUAGUGGCGCCGUAAACGGCAGCCCCAACCCUGCCAGUGGCGGUUCCGGGGGCGGAGGUGGAUCUGGAUCUGGACAAGGCUCUGCUCAAGGGGCCAGCCGUGUUGGCGCUUCUAACGGCAGCCCCAGCCCUGCGGGUGGUGGUUCCCGGAGUCGCGGAGGCGAUUCUGCUCAAGCGCCCAUCCAUGUGUCUGCGGUAGAGUUGGAAGACACCGACGACGAAGAAGAAGGAGACACCGUGUCUGAGCACGACCAGAACGACGACAACGGGGGAGAUUCGGACGGGGGAGAUACCGACCUCGAGGACACCCCCGCCGCGAAAUAUGAAGAGCAUAAAUGCGGCUUCCUUCAGCGCCGCAGAUGGAAGGUGAAGGAGUUCGAGCCUCCGGGAGAGCCGCCAGGGAACGGGUACUGGGUCGAUGCAAGUAGCGAGGAUGACGGAAUAGUGCUGUUUCGGAUGUCGAAACCGGGCGACCUGGAGCGGGCGAAACCCCGGCCGGCGCCGACCUACAUCACCAAUAACCCUUACUGCACGGAUGCGCCUAAGGCGGCGUACGUUAAGAGGCUCACGAUGUACGGCCUCUUAAAAGUCGUGGGUGUUUCUUCCCAGGGCGGGAUCUGGCGGGCUCCCGACGCAGAGAUCGAGAGGGUCCUGAAAAAGGACCCUCGCGUACCAUCCGACAUGUUUGGCAUGUCUGGUGAUGCGUACGUCAAGGUCAUGGGGGAGGCUUUCCGUCGCCACCAGGAAGAAAGAGAUGAGAUCCAAAGGGAGGCUGAAGAAGAGAGCGAGGAUGAAGUCGCUGCCCCACAGGGGAAGCGCUGUCGAGUAGAUUUCAACUCUUGA